CUCACUGUGGAGCAGCAUGGGGACAAAUAACAACUUAGUUGCUUUCUCUUUAUUUCUACUUUUGCCUCACUUAACCAGUUCAAAGAUAGAACUGGUUGACAAAGGAUACAGAAACAUAGUGAUUGCAAUCCAUAAAGCUGUGCCUGAAAAUCCACAGCUCAUUGAUAAAAUCAAGGAAAUGUUAAAAGAAGCAUCCAACUACCUAUUUGUUGCAACAAAGUUCAGAGUCUUUUUUAAAGACGUGAAAAUAUUAUUACCCGACACCUGGACAACAAAACCUGAUUUGUAUAAGAAAGCAACUACUGAAACCUACAGCCGGGCUAACGUCAUUAUUGCUGGACCGAAAAAUUCAAAAGGAGAUGACCCUUACACAUUACAGUAUGAAGGUUGUGGCAAAGAAGGACGGUAUAUUCACUUCACACCAAAUUUCUUAUUGAAUGACAAAUUUAUUAAAGCUUAUGGACCAAGAGGCAAAGUGUUUGUUCAUGAAUGGGCUCAUCUACGUUGGGGAGUAUUUAAUGAAUACAAUGAGUAUCAGCCAUUCUACAGAGAAGGAGACCACUACAGAGUAACAAAGUGCCCCAAAGAUCUGUCAGGAAAAGUAUGCCUUGGAAAUGACUGUUCCAAAUGUAAUCUGGAAAAUGCAAAUGACCCACCAAAGGAAGGCUGUGUUUUUCUUCCAGAAAAGUAUCAAGAAACAAGUUCAUCUAUAAUGUACACACCUGUUGUAAAAUCUGUAAAUCAGUUUUGUAAUAAGAGCAAUCAUAAUCAAGAUGCACCAAAUGAUCAAAACAGGUUUUGUAAAUUAAAAAGUGCAUGGGAAGUAAUUCUGGAGUCUGAGGAUUUUCGCAAUGCCAAUGAAGCAACAGAUUUAAGUUCAUUGGAGCCGCAGUUUACAGUAAUGCAGGAAAGCCAGACUAUUCUGUGUCUAGUCCUGGAUAUAUCAGGAAGCAUGCGCGAGAGUCAGAGACUUGAGAGAUUACAGCAGGCAUCAACACUGUUCAUUGAGAUCGCAAAAGAAGGGUCCUUUAUUGGCAUUGUGACUUUCAACAACAUUGCUUAUGUCAAGAAAGGUUUAACAUAUAUUUCUGGGGAUGAUGUUAGAAAAACACUAGUGAAUACACUGCCUACCAGAGCAGAAGGGGGAACAAACAUCUGUAGUGGCCUCCGGGACGCAUUUGAGGUACUAAGUGAAGAUGAUGGAAGCACUGCAGGAGAUGAAAUUCUUCUGUUAACAGAUGGUGAAGAUUCAGGAAUAAGCAGCUGCUUUGAGGCAGUAAAAACAAGUGGAACCAUAGUGCAUACUAUUGCAUUGGGUCCAAGUGCAGCCAAAGAACUUGAAAUGCUUUCAGAAAUGACAAAUGGAAAGAAGAAUUAUGCCUCUGAUAAUUUUAAUUCAAAUGGAUUACUGGAAGCUUUCAUGGAGUUAUCAGAAGAGCAAAUAAAGUUGGAAAGCACUGGAGGUACACAGGAGCCAGGGGACAGUUUAUUUGGAGAGACUUAUAUUGACAGUGAAGUUGGAUUCAACACAACCUUCUUGGUGACCUGGCAGACUGAUGUCAAACCAGACAUUUUCAUUAGCGAUCCGGAUGGAAAAGAAUAUUCAAUCAAAGAUUUCAAAUUAGGAGAUAAAACAACAGUUGGCACACUGAUCAUCCCUGGAAAAGCAAAGACUGGCAAAUGGUUAUACAACAUUCAGAAUACGGCCAAUCAAGCUCAGCCCAUGACAAUUAGUAUAACAUCACAGCCAUCUGGUGCAAAAUCUGAACCUGUUAUUGUGAAAACCAAUCUACAACAAUCAAGUGAACCACCUUACACAGUUGUUAUUUAUGCAGAAGUCUUCAAAAACUUCAUGCCUGUCCAUAAUGCUAAUGUUACUGCAAUUAUUGAAACAGCCAGCACUAACAUUAUUACAGUCACUCUGCAAGAUAAUGGAGCAGGGGCUGAUUUGGUCAAAAAUGAUGGCAUUUACUCUUCUUUUAUGACUGAUUAUGAUGGAACUGGCAGGUACAACUUCAAAGUCCAAGUCUCAAAGUUUCAGAAUGAAACUAAGGCUGCAGCUGGACACACCUCAGGUGCCAUGUAUGUUCAAGGAUAUCUGGAAAAUGGUACUGUUCAUCUGAACCCACCAAAACCAGUUGUUGCUGAUGAGGACUUUCCUGUUGAAAAUUUUGUCAGAACUAAGUCUGGAGGGACAUUUAUGGUGAAGGUGGUGCCUCCUGCCAACAAAGAUGUUUUUCCUCCUUGUCAAAUUACUGAUUUGUCAGCAGAAUUAUUAAAUAAUACCGUUAUUCUGGCAUGGACAGCACCAGGUGAUGAUAUGGAUAAAGGCACAGUGGCAGAGUAUGAGAUACGAACGAGCAAGCAAGCAGUGGACCUGAGAGACAAUUUUCACAAUGCUACAAAGAUCAACACUUCCAGCAUUAUUCCCUUGACAGCGAGAUCGAGAGAGCAGUUCUCAUUUGACCUGGAAGAGGAAGAAAAAGUUAACAACAGUGUCAUAUUUUUUGCUGUUGUUUCACAUGAUGAAAGUCUUCUUGCUUCAGAUGUGUCCAACAUAGCCCAAGUAGUGAUUUAUCAUCCAAGUCCUAAAAGCCGGGAUCCUGAUGCUAGCAAUCAAAACAGGAAGCUCACGGUGGGCCUAGCUGUGUCUUUAGUCACAAUUAUUUUAUGUUCUGCUCUUGGCCUAAUUGCCUUAAUUAUUAACAAAAGAAAUAGUGGAAUGAUGGUAUUAGAUGAAGAACAUGUUAGGAAAAAGUUAAAUAUAGUCGCAGAAGCAUAAUAAACAAAGAGCUGUUUUAUAUGAUAUAUCUAAAUAAGAUCAUCUACUGGCAUUCAAAAUGAAAAGGAGGACUAUGGUAUUUUCCUAUUGGCUUUUUUAACUUAUAUUUCUCCAUAUUUUAUGCUAUUUAAUGCUGAUGGAUGUGUUUUGUAAAUGUGAACUUUUAAUGAUACAAUAUUUGAUUGUUAUUAAAAUUUUAUUACCAAAAAGUUUUCUCCAAAGAUCCCAAAAGAUGUAUGCGUUAGGUUGAGUUGUGAUACCCAGUUAGCCAAGAGUGUGGAUGUGCGCAUAAUUGGGUGCUGCAAUGGACUAAGACCCAUCCAGGGCUAUUUAAUGCUCUGUGGCCCACCACCAUGAUCACAAACUGGAUUAAGUGGGAUGCAGAAUGUUAGUAAGCUUAAUUAGAUAAAAUUCCUGGAAAAUCUCCAACUGAAAACAAAGUUGUUCCAAAAUGACAGUUAUUGCAGAGGAUGAUGGAUUCAACAUUCAACUAAUUUUGACAUACAAAUGUUUUUUGUUUAAGAGCAUCACUGUAUAUUUUUUAUUCUUUUUUACAUAUUUAUUAAUAUAUUUCUACUGAAGUGUAUUUGAAUUUGUUUUUUUUUUUAAGUACUACUUUUUCAUUAUGUGUAUUAUGUCAUAAAUAAUGCUGCCCUACUGUACUUUAUCUUGGUUUAGCACUGAAUUGAGGUCAGUUCUUUCUGGAGUGCUCAAGUUCUCCUUAUGUUCAAGUGCAGACCCCAGAUCUCUCCCAUAGUUCAAAGGGAUUUCUGUUGGACUCUAUUGGCUUGGUGUAUCUUAGUGCGGUUGUGAGUAUCCAUAGCUAGACUAGUACUAUGAUCAGCCAGGGUGGGUUCUGGUUUGAAAUCAGUGAAUAACAAUGUGUAUAGAAUAACUUUUUUUCAGUUUUGUAAUUAUCAAUAUGCUUCUUUCAACUUUUUUUGUCUGUUCAUUCCCUUUCCAUUCAUUGAAUGAAAGUGAAAAGAUUAGGACAUACCCAGAGAGCUGAAUUCAUGUAGUGACUGGAGUUUAAAUUGAGUGCCGCACAGUGGUGUAAUAUCUAGUGCUGCUGCCUCACAGUAUGAGAUUUCUUGCUUUAUAUCCCAAUCUGGUCACUGCCUAUUCGGACUAGGCCACUGAGCUUUUCUCCAGAUACUCAGCUCUCCUCCCAGAUCCUAGAGAUGUGUGUACUUUGUUAAUUACAUUGGACUGGUAUGUGCGAGGGUGUUGGGUGCUCUGUGAUGGACUGGCAUCCCAUCCAGUGAUGGUCCCUGUCACUCAUCUGCUGUUGCUAGGAUGGGCUCUGGCAUCCCAACAUUCUUAACUGGAAUGAGGUUGUUGGAAGUGGAUGGAUGGGUAUAUAGCUAGAUAUUUAUAGAUAUUUAAAAUAAGAAAGAAUGCAAAGAGGUGUUCACCUAAGGCAGCAAAUCAGUAGUCAGAGUUAGACAAAAUGAAAUUCUGGAAAGGAAGGAAGGAGUUAUGUAACCUGGACAGAGACAUUUGUAAGUUUUUUUCUCUCAUUUUAAAGAAACAUAUCAGCUGUCAAAAGCUCAUUACAGAAAAAUAAAGUUGCUUAUACUAUGUUUUAAUAUACAGUAGUAUUGCAUUUCAUAGUGUUGAGUAGAAUCUGAAUAUUUCAUAACUGACAAUAAAAAAGAUAUGUUUUA